CUGGCUGGCUGGCUAGUAUUUGGCGGUGUGGUGUGUGUGUGCGGUCGGACUGUGGUUGUGUCUCAGGUCUGGCCGUGUUGAUAACGACACAUUUCGGACGCAUUUCAUCGCGUAGAGAUGGGAAUUCAGAAGAAAUGUCUCUAAAACAAGUCACCCUGUCGCUGCUGGCCCUGCUCGGCUCGGUCGCUGUCGGUGAUGCUCUGCGUUGUAACUGCACAAACUGUGAGAAGACAGGCUUCGAGUGCGAGACAGAUGGCGCCUGCAUGGCCUCCACCUACUUCAUCGAGGGGAAGGAGCAGCAUGUACGCAUCUGUAUCACUCGGGACAACCUCGUCCCCCCUGGUCAACCUCUACUGUCUGAGCGCGAGGGGCUGCUCAACACCCAUUGCUGCUAUGACGAUUACUGCAACAGUAUAGACCUGAAAGUCCCAGUCCCAACAAAAGAGGGGGACUGGUCAGGCUCGGGAAGCUCCUGGGGUCCAGUCGAGCUGGUGGCGGUCAUUGCAGGGCCAGUGUUCCUCCUCUGUGUGCUGCUGAUGGUUGGUGUGUUCCUGUUCCAGUAUCAUCAGAGCUACAGCCACAGACAGAGGCUGGAAGUGGAGGAUCCAUCCUGCGAUCACCUGUAUGGCAAAGGCAAGACUCUCCAGGACCUCAUUUACGACAUGUCCACUUCAGGAUCAGGCUCAGGUUUGCCCCUGUUUGUGCAGAGGACAGUGGCCAGGACCAUCGUGCUGCAGGAGAUAAUAGGAAAGGGUCGCUUUGGUGAGGUGUGGCGUGGGAAAUGGAGGGGAGGAGACGUGGCGGUGAAGAUCUUCUCGUCCAGAGAGGAGCGCUCCUGGUUCAGAGAGGCGGAGAUCUAUCAGACAAUCAUGCUGCGCCAUGAAAACAUCCUGGGGUUCAUUGCAGCAGACAAUAAAGACAAUGGCACGUGGACUCAGCUGUGGUUAGUGUCAGACUAUCAUGAGCACGGCUCUCUCUUCGACUACCUAAACCGCUACUCUGUCACAAUUGAGGGCAUGAUCAAACUGGCACUGUCAGCUGCCAGCGGCCUGGCACACCUCCACAUGGAGAUCCUCGGGACUCAGGGUAAGCCAGGCAUCGCUCAUCGCGACCUCAAGUCUAAAAAUAUCCUGGUUAAGAAGAACGGCAUGUGUGCCAUAGCUGACCUGGGCCUGGCAGUCCGCCAUGAGUCCAUCACAGACACAAUCGAUAUAGCACCCAACCAGCGAGUGGGCACUAAGAGGUAUAUGGCUCCAGAAGUCCUGGAUGAAAGCAUCAACAUGAAACACUUUGAUUCCUUUAAAUGUGCCGACAUUUAUGCACUGGGGUUGGUGUACUGGGAGAUCGCACGACGCUGCAAUGCAGGAGGAAUCCACGAGGAGUACCAGCUGCCCUACUACGACCUUGUGCCCUCCGACCCCUCUAUAGAAGAAAUGAGGAAGGUGGUUUGUGACCAGAAACUGAGGCCUAAUGUGCCCAACUGGUGGCAGAGCUACGAGUCCCUGCGUGUGAUGGGAAAGAUCAUGAGGGAGUGCUGGUAUGCCAACGGAGCAGCCAGACUGACAGCCCUGCGCAUCAAGAAGACCCUGUCUCAGCUCAGCGUCGAGGAGGACAUCAAGAUGUGAGCGGAGAAGGAAACGAGACGCGCUGGAGACGCACAAGCAGACCACACUCCCCAUAGGAAAACAAACACUAAAGACAGACUGCAAACAAAAAAACCCUGCCAGUUUUAAAGCCACACUCCGAGUUGUGACGAGGCCUACCUCACCUUUUUAGCCAAAACUACUGAGAGACACCCUCCCCCUUUGUGACUUUUCCCCCCGCCUCCCCCUUUUAUUCCUCGUGUGUCCCUUCCUUCAGACCCCCCCCCCCCCUCCUUUUUUCUCCAUGGGCCACUACACCACAGCACUACCACUGUUAAUAUCAUCACACUCAACCCUUUUUAUUUGCAUUUCCCAUGGCAGGAAUAGCUACUACUGUACAGUGAUGGGAUUUAUUUUUCUUUUCACUUUUUUUACCUCUUUGAAAAAUGUCCGACCCUGUCCGGAAAAGUCCAGAACAUUGUGAGUUUUAAUUUGCAUAACACUUCAUGUUAUGUUGCUGUGAGAGGGGUUUAAAAGGUGUCUGAACUGCUAGCAUGUUGAUAGAUACUACAAAACGAGGUAUUGGACUUCUCUUCUUUUAGCAUUAAACACCAGUUUUCUUGCUCAUCCCUCACUUGAAUCUUCUAAAAACAAAAAAUGAGUUGCACUCAACUGUAGCUUCCUCAUCGUGUGCAAGACCUCCAGGUUGAACACACGAUGGAUGUGGUUUAGUCCCGGUGUUAGUUUGAAAUGUGGCAGGGAUAAAUAAUGUUUGGGAUUGGUUUAACUUUUUAUUUAUUUGUUGAUAGUCUUUAUUUCAUUUUGAUGAACACUGUGAGACGAGACGUGAAAAAGCCAGAGUCUCGACAUAAAAGUUGAGGUUCAGUCCAAGUCUUCACCAUCUUUCAGACAAUACAUCGAAGCGGUGGGGGGGGCGUUGCAUUCAUGUAAUAAGAUACUGAGUGCUAAUGUGGAUGCAGCCACUGCGCCCUCUGUUGGUGACAGGCAAUGACACCAUGCACACUGAGCAAAUAAGAGGCGUAUGAUAUGGCAAUGAAAAUUACUUUGUUUUUUUUAAUGUUUGUGUUUUGUGUUAAGACAUCAUGAUGGGUGUUUUCUUUUUGACUUUGACGCUAGACACUACUGAUGAUGGGUACAUAUAUGAUUUGUAUAUAAAACAUGCAUAUUUUUCUCUUUUAUGCCACAAGAACCAGUGUGACAUUUGAACAGUGAUUUUUGCUUGAAAGGUACUUUGAUCAGUCUGCAUGGUUUCUAACUGUGCCAGGAAAUAGACUGUCAUCUGCUGGAAUUAACUUGCUCCUCUCAUGGCAAUUUGGUGGUACUACUGAUCCCUGAUAAUUUUGCUGCAACUUCUGUGUUUUUUUUUAUUUUUUAUGUAUAAUUGUUGAUUUUGCUUCUGGGGUUCUUGUCAGAGCUCAUUAAUGCAAAUCUGUUUCUACAUACUGAAUGUCCUACGGGGUGGCAUCUCUUUCUCAUUGACACUGGAAUAUUUUAAGAGCAUCAUGUAACCUUGAAUUCUUAUACUGCCGAUGGCUGCUCAGAGAUAAAAGACAGCUGUGACAGUUCACACAGGGAUCGUACAGUUUGAUGUGAACAGUAGUUUUACCUUCAGAGACUGACAUGCUGUAAAUUGAAACUGCAUGUUUUCAUUCUAUGUCAUCUGCAGCAUGGAGACUGUCUGCAGAUCAAACUAUGAAAGUAUUACACUGACAUUUGUCACCAUUGGGCUCUGCACUGUUAUGUCCACAUGGACUUUAGUUAAUGUUAGUUCUGUCUUCAUUAAUCCAGACUCCAUGUGUCAUGUUAGUAUCCAUUUUGCAUGCUGUCUCAAACACUGGGUCCUCUGCACUGAGGUUAGAUGAACUUAAGACUCGUCCUUCCCUCUUCCUACCGGUAGUUUUUAUUUCCUUUCGGGUCAUUGGCUGUGUAUCCCAGAAACGUUGCUGCUACUGAUAACGUGGGUAGAUGUUCAGCAGGCGAAUUAGAAGAGAGCGGGGAGCAGAGAUUGGGAGUCAGUUGAACCAAAAUUGUCCAAACACUCCUGUCCAUGUUUGAAUUGUUGCCAUGGGUAUAUGACCAUCAGACAUUCUGUCCAUACGUUAAACUUCAAGAUUUCAAACCAUGUUGUGAAAAUCUUUUCAGAAUAUAUUGAAAAGUGUGUAUAUAGAUGAUAUACAAUAAAUUCCUCUUUUUCUUAA